AUGUCGGUUCCUUGCGUUGAUUUAGAAUGGAUGUACAGUACACGUUCGGCACCUUUUCCCACAGUUAUUCAAACAGACGUUGUUGUACCUAAUACGAAGAACAUGAGCAAUUGCGAGGUGAUGGUGUCUCAUCAUGAAAACAAAUACAGUCGAAAUCGCAUAACUUGGCGACUACCUCGAGACUGCUCUAAAAGAAUACUUGGUUAUACAUGUCGAAUCCCUACGGAGUCACCUAAAAGCAUUGAUGACAAUCGCGUAACAGCAAGUGUCGCCAAAAGGCUUCUUGGAAUCAGCAUUGCUUUUUUAACUGUGGUGUCCGUUUUGGCUUUUAUCGGCGUUUUUCUACGCGUAUUCCAUUCUCUCGUUAGUUUUGCGGGUGAAGAUAUGGCAGUAGAGAAGAGGAUUCCAAGUGCUGAAACUUCUCGACGGCUUUCAUCUUAUCCGAGAUAUGAGUUAGUUUGUAAAGGGCGGCUGAUACUUUUUCAUCUAUUUGGCUGCAUUUCCCUUACUGGCUGCAGUGGCUACUGCAGUGAGAUUUUUAAGAAUGCAAUUUGCGCUAAGGCGUUAAAAUCAUCACAAUUGAACUAUCCAUCGGACAGACUGGCUGAAAUCUCUGUCAGUUUCAUUUAUUUUUCUACAGAGGGGAUUUUGUUUGAUUUGUGUACAACAGAAGGGUUAAACCUUCUCGCUAACUCACCGGUAGGUCAACGGCCUGGUACGCUUGACGUCGUAGCCUUGAAUCUUUUGAGAAGUCCAAGCUUCGCUGGGAUUGCAGGAACAAGAAAUAUGGAAGUCUUAUUCGAUGCUCGCAUUACUCGUGCUGCCCAACCUGUUCCUCAACCAGAAUUCAUGGAUAACCGUAAAAGUCGUUGUGAAGGGAGUUUUUUAAAACUCUUAAUCUGGGAAUGUCGAUUAAAGGCUGGGAACAUACUGUCUAGUGACCACCGAACAAGAUUAGUGCUGAUAGUGAUGCUUGACGAGCUCCAGACCACUUCAUUAAAUGAAGUAAAUGCUCUGCAGAUUUUUCAUGAGUAA